GUUCAUUGGUAGGGCCCCUCCCUCGAGUGGCUCGUUUCUCGUUUCUCGGCGUCUACUAUUAUGUUACUCCGUGUGUGUGUGUGAGUGUGUCAGGUGACUUGGGUCACGCAGUUUCUCUCCUCUGGGAGGGACGGCAGGGCCGCGGCUGACUUUCCUUUGACAACUCCGGCGGCGGCGAGGAAGAAAUACAAGGAAAGGGAGCAGCUUAGGUCAGCGUCCCAGGCGAGAGGCAGCCUCGAGGGGCGCGGGGGGGUCUCGUGGCGGGGCGAGCGUGCCGCUGGGGGGCCGGCCGGCCGGGGUCUGCCUUCGGAGAAGGGGCAAGAAGCCCGGGGAGGGAGCAGGAUGAGCCAGGUGCCGGGGAAGCCGAAGGAGCAGGAAGAGGACGAGGGAGAAGAGGAGGAGGAAGAGGAGGAAGAUGAAGAGGAGGAGGAGGAGGAAGACGACGACGAAGACGAGGAAGAAGACGAGAUCGUGGGGCUUGCAGAUUACGGGGACGGGAGUGGAUCGUUUUCGGACGGCGACCCGGAGAACGGCGGGGACGGGGCGUGUAAGUAGCUCGGCGGCGCCGCCGCUGCCCCGAAGGGAAAGGGCGGCCUCGUGACUGCCAGGCCCAUUGUUUUGGGGCGGAGUGAGCGGCAGAGAGAGAGGGGGGAACCCACCGGGCUGCGCGCAGGCGGCGUUCAGCGCACCCGGGAGAACUGGGGAGAGUUGCGGCGCUGGGAAAGGGGAGGGAGGAAACGGGGUUGGGUCACGGGGGUGCCCACUUUGGAUAAAAUAUUGUGGUGAGUGACACAGGUAAGCUCCGCCCUACGUAAUCGAUCACAAGACGCGGGUGCACAAACACACACCCUUUGAAUGGCAAUGCCUAUGGACUUUGGGGAACCUCAGCCCCUAGGAGUGGGAGGGGGAGCAACAAACUGCACCCCUAAUGUUUGCCCUGCAUGCCAUGGGCAUAGCCAAAGACGGGGGCAGCUGCCCUCCCCAUCAAGUAAAAUAAUAGAAAUAUUUAACUGAUCAAUCCCCCCUCAACAAUGUCCUGCCCCCCCCCCACAAAAAUAUUGGCUAUGGCCAUGCUACACCCCCCUUCUUUCUUUCUGCCCACAGAAGCAGCAGCAGCAACCUGAGUGGCCCAAGGCAUUUUGUUACCCGAGGCAACGAGGGCCAAGGUGGUGUCCCAGUUCCGACUGGGCUGGCAGAUAUACUGAAAGGGACUCCGCCUGCCACCACACCUGAGGGCUGCAGGAGGGCUUAGGGGGCACAUCAGGCGGCUUGAUACACAGAGGCCUUCUAGAAUUGUAGCGUUGGGCGGGACCACAUGGAUCAUCUAGUCCAACCCCCUGCAAUGCUGGAAUAUGUUGCCCAAUGUGGGGCUCAACCCCAUGACACUGAGACCCCAUGACACUGAGACUCGUGCUCUACUGACAGAGCUAUUCCAGCUUCCAUUACCUUGACCUCUUGACUUCUCCUCCUCCCCAGUAUCUGCUGCCUCACUCUGCCUAAUACUGGGACCGGCCCACACCUAACCUGUUGAACUGGGUUGGGGUUUUCCCUUUGCUUUGUUUUUUGGCGAGACAGAACCAAAGUCUCGUCAUGCUGCCCAAGUGAAUGCUGAGUGAUCCUGGAUUCUUGCAGAUUGCAAAGGGUCUCAUACAGGCUACGUCCGUACAGCAGAAUGGGGGAAUUGGUGCAGACGGUGAUAGUGGUUGGAGGACAGAGCUUUGUGCGCCAUGAAGCUUGUAUGUUAGCCUGCUGCCCCUGGAUGUGGUAGAGGAUGGUGUCCCAUUACCAGCAUUGGAAGUGGAAUUCAGUUGCCAAAGUCCAGUCAACGUCUGUGCUUGUCCUUUGCCUUGGGUAGCAAAAUGUCCUGGACUGGCCCCACUUAUAGAAGCCUUUCAUUCUCUUUGGUGUACAAGUACAACAGUUUUCAAGACACUGGCGAUACAGGUGGGAAUAAGAUUGUGGGGAUGUGGAAGACUUCUGGGGUGGGAAAGGCUGUGCUUUGAAUUGGAUAGAGUAUGGAGUGAGGGCCUUGAAGGAGAGAUAUUAGAACAUGGGGCUACAAGUAUAGUGGUACCUCGGGUUACAGAUGCUUCAGGUUACAGACACCACUAACCCAGAAAUAGUACCUCGGGUUAAGAACUUUGCUUCAGGAUGAGAACAGAAAUCGCUUGGCAGUGGCACGGCAGCAGCGGGAGGCCCCAUUAGCUAAAGUGAUACCUCAGGUUAAGAACAGUUUCAGGUUAAGAACGGACCUCCAGAACUAAUUAAGUUCUUAACCCGAGGUACCACUCUAAACAUAAAUGUUCAGAGGUACUUGAUGUCUCAGGGCUAACAUUUGGAAUAGGGUAAGAGUUUUGGGGCAGAGGAGGGAAUUUGGGGGGUGGUAUCAGGUUUGGGACGUGGGUGGCACUGUGGUCUAAACCACUGAGCCUUGGGUUUGCUGAUCAAAAGGUCAGCGGUUUGAAUCCCUGUGACAGGGUGAGCUCCCGUUGUUUGGUCCCAGCUCCUGCUAACCUAGCAGUUCAAAAGCACACCCAAAAGUGCAAGUAGAUUAGUAGUACCACUCCGGCAGGAAGGUAAACGGCGUUUCUGUGCACUGCUCUGGUGUCAGUGUACCAUUGCGCCAGAAGCGGCUUAGUCAUGCUGGCCACAUGACCCAGAAAAACUGUUUGCGGAGCAGACAAAUGCCGGCUCCCUCGGCCUGUAAAGUGAGAUGAGCGCCGCAACCCCAGAGUCGUUCGCAACUGGACUUAACUGUCAGGGGUCCCUUUACCUUUUAUCAGGUUUGGGAGUUGGAGACAUUAGUUUAGGAAUGGGGUUAGAAUUUGGAGCAUGAAUGGGUGGUGCUAGGAAUGAGAUGGGUUGGAAGAGAAGCAAGCCUUCCUGGAGUUUGACUACAGAGAUUUGGAACACACGACUAGACUGAAAGAGAGGUGUGAUUAUGGCAUCAGUCACUGAGGUGGGGUGUGCUGGAGCUUACAGUAAUUUCAGUGGAGAAAUGAAACGGAUAGCGAGAGAUGUAUUUUAUCUUUAGGAUGGCACCUGACAAUGAGAAAUCUGUUGGGAGGAUUAGAUUUGGGAGGGGAUAGAUUUCUCGUGCUUUUUAUAGAAAUAUUUUUGUAUAUCACUUCAGAAAGUUUGGAGCACUUUACAUUCAUUAUGUUGGUAAGCGUUGGGUGAGACUUGCUAAAGCCAUCUUGUAGUUAGAGAGAUUUGAGCUACAUAUACACAUGAAUCCUGGCAGGUGUAGUUUACCCCCUCACAGAGCUACAGUUCUCGGCAACAUUAACAAACUAAAGUUCCCAGGAUUCUUGGGGUGGUGGUGGAUGUGUUUAAAUGUAUGUUGUGUAUGCAGCCCCAAACUAGGAGUCUCCUGGCUUACAGCACAAACACUUAAAACCCUAAUGGUACUCCAGCUUUAUGCAUGGUUCUUUUUUUGCUGCAUAAAUAUAAAGGUGCACCAUAUUUAAUGUGAGCCAGGGUCUAGUUUAGGGGGGGGCGCGUUACUCCCCCAUCCCAUCUAGUUUAUGUUUUCAAUAUCAUGGUGUAGGUCCCACCCAGAAAAUUGUAAGUAGCCAUUGAGGGCCUCAACAUAUGCAGCUUUUACCUUGCUACUGAAUGCCCACCUCUAGCUUAUGCAUACCUGAGAUCAGGAUGAAAGGGGAUUUCGGGUCCAAAGGUACAACCUGAAGUGCCGCAUGACACCUAGCAUUGUUUUUCCAAAGGAAAUUAAGUAUGAGAUGGGAUGUAAGAAAGAGGAAUAAGUAGCUGAUUGGCUAGAGUCAGAUCUAACUUUGUAUUUUAUUGUUUAUUACAUUUAUAGACUGCCCCGUUGGCCAAGUCCUCUGACAGCUUGAAAAAAUCAAUCAAAUAGAAAAAUACGAUUGUUUAAAUAAUACAAUCUAGCAUAUGUAACGCAGAAGCCAGCACCAAAAAUACUUUCUUUGUAGAUAGUUUUAUGGAUCUAGACUUUGUGUCCAAAUAAUAAGUGAGCAUUUGGGGAGAGGAACAAGUAGGCACUUAGAGUACUGUCUGCUGUGGCUGUCUUGUUGUGGGGAAGAACAGGAAAAGAAGAACAGGGAGAAAACAGAGGGGGAAGGGGAGGAGGUGUCCAGGCAUGUGACAGACAGUGGAAUACGGUAGGUAGAGAGCAUUGGGAGAGCAUGGAAAUAAAAACAUAAGUGGCUGCGCAGCUGAUUGUAUGGGUUGCUUCAGAAGUGAAUUGUAGAUGGUAUAAAGCUGGGAGGAAACUUAUGUAGACGAGCAAUGGGAUGAAACGUCAAUGAGAAACUAAAGGAAAGAAAAACUAAGUUCAUUGAGUUGGGGGAGGGGAAAUAAGCUGGAGACGGGAGGUUGGGUUUAGCCUGUGUUUCAAGAGCAGAGGGAGAAAACUAUCCUAAUAAAUGUGUCAAACUUUUGAAACAGUAUCUGGAGGGAGGGAUAAGCUUUAAUAAAGUACUUCCUAUUGGUAUUUGUGGUACAGAUAUCCAGUGUCUCUUACAAAUUGCACGUGUUUUACUGAUGCGAACUUGGAGAUCUAAGGAAAUAAGGAAGGCAGACUUCAGGCCCAUAAAAGGCAACAGCUGUAGAGGGCUCAGUGUUUAGAGCUCCUUUGCAGCUGUGAAUGUCAGUUCCCUUAUUACCAGGCUCUGCUCCAGGGUCUGCCUGCAUAUUUUUGAUGACAUUGUGUGCACUGGUGUGAUGGUAUAGAAAGGGUAUUUUUAUAGGCAUGUUUAAAAGGAGAAACCCUUUUUUUCCUGCUAAUGGGUUAACCAUGGUUACCUACAUUUUUGUGUUAAAAAGAAUAGGCUGUUCUGCCCCCUGUUGCUUUGUGCAUAACACAAACUGUUUUCCUUUUUGGCUACAUUUUCUUCUGUUUUACAGAGCUGGGAAAAGAUAGAAAAUUGCUUCAGACUCUAGGAUUUCUUGAGGGAAGCGUUAGAUUUAUGUUUCAAAGUGUCCUUUUGACAUUAAUCCAUAGAAAGCAUUGUUGGUAUUUUGUGCAAAGGAGUUUAUACUUCUAUAGAGUCUGUAUAGUUCACACACACACACACACACACACACACACACUUGACAAUCUGUGGAUUUAUAAGCAAAACAGCUUUUCCAGUGACACUACUUUAAGGAGCACUUGUUCUAGUAAGAGUGCUCUUUUUUCCUUCAAAGAAAAGGGAAUGUGACAAACAUUACUUGCAGUGUAGCGGCCUCUGAAAUAGGUGUUCUUCUCCAAAAUGAAUAUUCUUCUCCAUCAGAGGUCUUCUCCCAUGAUUCAGUGAGCAUAUGUGCCAUCUCAUGUUUCACAGCUCCCUUUCAGAACUGAUCUGGAUGUACAGAAAUAGCACAUGGUACUGUUCUUUCUGGGUUAUACUCCUACAGACUGCAGGUGGUAGAAAGAUUUGAAUAUUUGAAUGCUGCACCAUAUAAGGCAGGGAUAAGGGAAGCUGUGGCCAGGGCUGGUCCAGGACAUUUUAGCACCUAAAAUGAACCACAAAAUUGUGCCCCUCCCCACCAGGGAAGAAGUGGGGAGUGAAGACCUACAUCAGGAACAAGGCAGGGAAUUAAGAUCUACAUUGCUGUGGCUCUCCUGAUGUUGAAUUCCAACACCAACAUCUUAAACAAAAGAUUACAUUUACUAGAAGGCCAUGGUAACUAAAGAAAAAAAUUAAAAGAUUUUUACUUAAUUAUUGAAAAAAUACAGUGGUAAGGGAUUUCUUACUACCGUAUCUUGUCUUGCAUUCCAAUACAAUAAUACAACCUUAUUAAUUUUCAAAAAGAUUUAAAUUAAGUACUGCAUAUUUGAAUCAUAACACCCAUGUUAGUUUACUUGAGGAAGCUAUGCUGCUCCAUUUUACAUAUUUGUUUGGGUAUUUGGGAGCUCCUACAGUAUAUAGCAUUAAUUAUUCCAGAUGUCACAUACAGCAAUGCAUAUUUUUCUUUGGUCACUGUCCAUUUCAAUAUACCUGAAAUACUUUUAUUUACUUAUUUUGAAUAUUUUUGUACCAGCCUUCCUCGAAACCCCCAAUACAGGUGCCUUUCUGAGAUAACUAAGAAAGUGUGAGAGGGUAUAAUAGAGAAAACAAAAAGCUGUAACUUGUAUUCUUGGAAGAAAAGGCUGCAUUUAAUAUUUUUUACUUCCUUUCACUAUCAUACUAACCACCCAGAACAAAAAUAGUCAAAAACAAUAAGUCUCAAUGCUUUCACGUUUUCCCUCACCAGUCAGUCAACUAAAGUUUUAAUAGAUUGAUUGAUUAUUAAGUAAUAAAACUAGCAAUCCUGUGAUUGUAACAGCUUACAAUAUGCAAUACUAAUUCUGAGGGUCUUCUGCAUUUUUCACCAUCAGUAGCUUACGUUAUUCUUUAAGGGAGGUGAGUUGUCUUUUGAACCAGCAGGCGUUGCAGGCAAAAUAUCUGGUGGGUAGGGUGAAGGGGAAAUGCAGAGGUUAAUUAGUCAUUAGAUCAGUCAACUAAAGCUUGAUCUCUUUGGCAUUGGAAAGGAAGGAAUCCUAAAAUGGUAGGAUUGGGGAGUAAAAUCAGUUGAAAUUGUGUUAGAAUUUGGUUGCAAAUAAACACCUGUUUUUAUUGUUGUUGUUAUUUUUGCAAAUAAUGUUUUCUUUUUAUUCAGUUCUAGAUUUCAAUGAGCCCUUUAGUACUGAAGUCAAGCCAAGAAUUCUGCUAAUGGGACUGAGAAGAAGUGGAAAGUCUUCGAUUCAGAAAGUUGUGUUUCAUAAAAUGUCACCGAAUGAAACCCUUUUCUUGGAGAGCACUAAUAAGAUUUGCAGGGAGGAUGUUUCCAACAGCUCCUUUGUUAACUUUCAGAUAUGGGACUUUCCUGGGCAAAUUGACUUUUUUGACCCUACCUUUGACUAUGAGAUGAUUUUCCGAGGCACAGGAGCACUGAUAUUUGUUAUUGAUUCUCAGGUAAGGAAAGGAUUUGGGUUAUGAUCUUAGCUUAGACCAAAUACCCUAAAUUUGCACACACAAACAUCACCCAACAGUAGAAUGGAUGGUAAAAAGUAGAGAUGUGAAGAGCCAUAAAAAUACCUUUCUCACACACCCCAUUCCCAAUUUUUCUGAUAUUUCUCUUUGGGCCUUCACAUCUCCAAUAAGAAUAGCAACACACAAUGUGAUUGACUCUCUCAUUAGUACAGGCAAGAUCCAGAGAAUGACAAGCAGGAUUUCCCUUCUGAGGCAGAGUUUUCCUCUGUCCCCCUUCACACUAUAGCCCCUUGCUCACACACCUCAAAAGCUGAUUCUGAGGGACCCUGUGGAGUAGUGUGAAAUGUAUUAUAGGGGCCUACAUCCAAGUGAUUUGGCAAAAACCAGAUCUCCCUCGCCCACACAAGCAUGAGUGGAAGAGCAGCUCUAUCAAUCCUGCCCUGAGUUCUCAUUGUUAUAGUGUAAAUAUUGUUAUUUUAGCUUUCCUUGUUAUGUACAUGUAGACUUCAUCAUGACAUUAGACCUAGUAUGCUUUUUGCACCUCUAUGUAUUAUCUGAAACACUAAUACAUGUAGUAGAAUUGAAAUUUUUAUAAGAGUUAACUCAUACUAAAACAAUGCUUGAGAUUUAUGAAUGAAGCAUGCGAAACUAACACAGAAUGGAAAUGGGAUGAUCCCUCAUGCCUAGUUAAAACUACCAUCACAAAAGUGUCCUAUUUCUUAGUGAAAGUUACACAGAAGGAACUAGUGUAGUGAACACUACACAGAAGGAACAGGCAAGUGACCUGUACUUGUUAAAACAGCUGCUUUAAUAAGGGAAGGUGAAAGAGACAGGCAGGAAAAACAAGAUUCAAAAUGUAGGAGUGUUGCUAAGAUUUAGUGCUUGAUAACUCGCUGAAGUGCUUUCACGUUGUGAUUUUUGUUCAUGAAAAUGUAAAAAAACCCACCCUUUAAAAACUUGAGAAGUAAAGAUUAAACACUUUAAUUCCUAAUUGGAUUUACAAAAGCAAAGCAUUUAUCCAGUUUAUUUUUUGGUUUGUAGGAUGACUAUAUGGAAGCUUUGGCAAGAUUGCAUCUCACUGUGACAAGAGCAUAUAAAGUGAAUCCAGACAUAAACUUUGAAAUAUUUAUCCACAAAGUAGAUGGUUUGUCUGAUGAUCACAAGAUUGAAACACAGAGAGACAUUCAUCAGAGGGCAAAUGAUGACCUUGCAGAUGCUGGGCUGGAAAAAAUCCACUUGAGGUGAGGAGAGCAAAACAAUUGAUAAAGCCUGCUUUGGGGACAGGGGAGAAUGAAAAAAGCAGUAUGCCUCACAUAUUGAACAAGCACAUGUGCCACCUUUUUGUAAAAUCUUAGGGGAAAAGGGGUGACACAGCAGUGGUAUGGCCAACUGAGAGUUGCAGUGGUCAAAUAAUUAGAAAUCACGAGCUUUUUAGGCUGGAGUUCAGCAUUAUGCCCAAAAUUGACUUAAUGCUCAGCUUUAAAAUGAAUACUCAAUAAUUGACAUGGGAAAAUAAUAUAUUUGGUUUUAUGUACCGUAUUUUUCGCUCUAUAACACACACCAGACCAUAACACGCACAUAGUUUUUAGAGGAGGAAAACAAGAAAAAAAAUAUUCUAAACGAAAUAGUGGAUAUAUGAUUUUUGUGGUUCAUGCUGUGGCCACAGACAUGUGAUCUGACAGUGAGUUUGGAGUAGCCCAAUGCAAAAAUCCUGAGGAUCCAUGUGGAUCCAUGCUUUGUAACCACGGAGGAGGGAAGGAAGGGGAACCAUGGAUCCUCUGCUCAUGACUGCAGCAGAUCCCCCCUGCCACCCGCAGGCAUUUGCUCCAUAACACGCACAGACAUUUCCCCUUUCUAGGAGGAAAAAAGUGAGUGUUAUGGUGCAAAAAAUAUGGUGCUACCUGAAUCCUGAAAACUGUUAACAGCAUAGUCAAACUAUAUCUCUUGAUGCUUAGUGCCCAAAUACAGCCCUCCAGAAUUCCCUGUCUGGCCCUAGAGUCUCUUCUCUAGGCCACACCCCACAAUGACCCUGCUCUGCAUUUCUGGCUACAGUGUCCCUUCUUCCUUGCCUGGAUGGAAGGCAGAGUGGGGUGUAUAGAAACCAGCCUAUGGCGGAAACAUAAUGCUUACAGCCGUUAAUCUACCCACACUUGCCUCAGGGCCCUCCCACCAUUAGCAUGUGGCCCCUGACAGGUUUCCAAAAAGAGAACCCGGCCCUCAUGCUGAAUAAGAUUCCCCACCCUGGCUUAAGAGAUAAACUUGUUGAGGAUAUAACUUACCGUUUACUCAAGUAAUACACAAGAUGGCAUAGUCGUUAAAUAGUAGGCAGAUGGCACUUUAACCCUAUUUCUUGUAAGAGCAUCCCUUUAGAAGAUUCCACAAACAGGGAGGAAUGAGAGCCCUGUUAUGGCUAACCCCACAAGGAUACCAGCUUCAGUUAUCACAUUUUACAAUUCGCCAAGUGGAGGCCUGUGCUUUCGCCAGGGUUGGCGGAGGGGUGGGGUGUGCAAUUUGAACAUGACUUCAGCAUGUAGCAAAUGGUAAAAAUAGGCACACUCAUCAGAACUGCUAGAUUAUGCUUGGGUGAGGAGCAAAUGGAAAUACAGGUGUGGUGAUAAGAGACUGUUCACUGUGUCAGAUCACCCAUCAAAAGAAGUUUCCUUAUGAGUUUUUACACCAGGAGUGCAUGCAGAUGUAUAAUGGAUUAUUUUUACUUGCUGAAUUUUCCACAGUAAGGGGAAAUUCCAAUUAAAUAAAGUCUGAGCUGGCAGCACGGGCAGGGGGUGGGGCAGGGAAACUUGCAUGCAUGGGCAGCCCUAAUUCCACAAACUCCUGUCUGGAAGCGCUAUAACGCCUCAUUUCUGUCUACAAACUUUCCAGAGUUGCUCAUUUCAGAGAGAUACACUGAUGUCUGUUUCUUUUUCCAGCUUUUAUUUAACAAGCAUAUACGACCAUUCAAUAUUUGAAGCGUUUAGCAAAGUGGUACAGAAAUUGAUCCCCCAGCUCCCAACACUGGAGAACUUGCUUAACAUCUUUAUCUCGGUAAAUAGUUGUUGUUCUUUUGUAUAUGUAUUUCCUGAGCCUUUGUAUAUUUUCUUGCAAAACACUGUUUUUAAUUUCAUUUUUGUGUUAUGUGUUGUUUAGGAUACUUGGUAUAUGACAAUAAAUGCCAAUAAAAACUGUUCAGUGACGUGGAAUUACUUUGAAAACAUUCACUUGCUUGUAAACAACAAUUCAUUUCAAACUUUUGCUAGAAUGUAACUUAGGUCUCUAUGAUUCUUGUUACAAGCUCAUAUAUUUAUCAGAACUGUAUCCACUGUUCUGAUGGACUGUUCAGCAUAGCUUGGUGUUAGGAUUGCAGCUCAAACACCAAGUUAUACAUUCAGUGGGACACAGCAAUGUGAGUUCUGUUGGUCUGUGCCCAAGAAUUACACUAAGACUAUUUUUAUAAUAUCAUAUUUCACCAGCUUUUCUUUUCUCAUGCACAAUGACAGCAUCAUCUUUAUUGUCUAAAGACUUGGUUCCUUCAGUGAAAUCUAUAUUCUCCCUGUUUCCUUGUAGAAUUCUGGAAUUGAGAAAGCCUUUCUCUUUGAUGUAGUCAGUAAAAUUUAUAUUGCAACAGACAGUACCCCAGUGGACAUGCAGACUUAUGAGCUCAGCUGUGAUAUGAUAGAUGUUGUCAUUGACAUCUCCUGCAUUUAUGGGUGAGUAAAGAAACAACAACAAAAAGUACUCUUGCGCCAUCCUUUGUGCUUGUCUGUCUUGGGCAACCUAUAAGGCUUAAAGUCACAUAACAAUUAAAAUGCAAAUAAGAUUAGAAGGCUUUUCUUUCAUAUGCAGUAAUGAUCUUCUAGCUUGCUGUUAUUUCUGGAUAGAAAAAACCUUUAAUUGCAAAAGCACACACUGUGUGUGAGAGAGAGAAAGGUCAUCAGAGUUAUGUGUGUGUAGAUAAAAGUGAUUUUGAAACUCUAAAGCUUUUACAACUGAUAGAGCAGAAUAGGCUUGGGUGCAGAAAAGAUUAAGUGAAUUCGCCUUAGUCUUGUUUAAUCUACAGCACUUUUUAACUAGAAACCAAGGGUCUUCCAACAGGAGCCAGUUAGCUGAUGUAACUGGGGGGUACUUGUGUAUACAAAAUAUUAUAGAUCAGAGAUUCUAGUAACAGCUCCUAAAAUGCACCACAAGUUCUACACAAAGGCCUGGUCACUAGAAGGGCAGCAUUGUAAUUUUCAUGUAAAUAAAAUCAGUGAUAAUUCCACUGAGGCUGAGACAUAAGCGACUUUAGCCCUGGCAAGCCAUCAAAUACAUGGCAGGAUUUUUUUUUUAACUGCAAAUUUUUAAGCAGCCUAGGAUUGAAAAUAGAGCUGGAAUAAGAUAUUUACAUACUAGAUCAGGGAAUAUCAACAUAGCACCCAGAGGUGCAUGUGAACCCAAAGGGUCGUCUUCCUCUGCUGAAUUAAGACUUGAAAGAACCAUUUGAUGGAAUGGGUUGUGGUGUGUGCUUGAUUAGGGGAGAGGGUCUGCCCACAAGAGUUUUUCCAGCUUGUAAAUGUUACCACGGGCCUAAAAAGGUUGGCAGUAUCUGCCUCGAACAUAUUUUGCUUUAAAUAGACUUGAAAGCAGCAAUAAAAACAUAUUCAUUCAAGCAGAUAAAAUCACAGCAUUUAUCUUCUCCCCAACAUCUCCUGUGUCUUGCUGUUCAGGCUCAAAGCAGAUGGAGCAGGAACUCCUUACGACAAAGAAUCAACAGCAAUAAUAAAACUGAACAACACAACAGUCCUUUAUUUAAAGGAAGUGACAAAGUUCCUGGCACUAGUUUGCUUUGUCAGAGAAGAAAGCUUUGAGAGAAAAGGUAUUGAACUUCAUUUUGAAAGUUUAAAAAUCCUUCAGAAUCUUGUUCCCAAUUAAUAAUUAAAUAUUUGUCUUGGUGAUUCCGUAUGUACAAGCUGUGACAAAACAAUAGUAAAGAAUGCAGAGGGUAUGGAGGUAUUACAGCUGAUCAUUGGGCUUGCUAUAGCCUCUGUUAAAGUUGCUGGAACCAUGUAUUCAUGUUGUUACAUUAUAUAUCUGGUCAUUUCGGUUCAGAGUGGCAUAAUGUUCUUCUUUGUCCCUCAUUAUUAUUACAUAUCUGUGAGAGGUUAAGAGUUGAGACUGCAACUAGGCUAAAGUCACAAAGGAAGCUUUAAUGGUAGAGAGGGUAUUUGAACCUGUGUAUCCUAGUCCAACACUAGAGGGUUUCUGGAAAUGGAACUUUUCUCCUCCCUAACGCUUAAUCAGGAGUGACACUUUCUCAUUACAGUGAUACCUUGGGUUACAGGUGCUUCAGGUUACAGACUUCACUAACCCAGAAAUAGUACCUCGGGUUAAAAACUUUGCUUCAGGAUGAGAACAGAAAUCGCGCAGUGGCAGCAGGAGGCCCCGUUAGCUAAAGUGGUACCUCAGGUUAAGAACAGUUUCAGGUUAAGAACAGACCUCCAGAAUGAAUUAAGUUCUUAACCCGAGGUACCACUGUAUAUUCACCUCUCAUUCUACUCCUAUAUUUUCCUACCAUCCUCUAAAUACACAAGUACACACAAGAGUUUCCACUUAAGCAGCAGUAACUUCCUUGCCUUUUGUUUUUGGAAACUUACUGCAUCAUACUUACUCUCCAAAUGCUGUGGGGAAUGUAUGCAUAGAAUAACUUAGUCUUCAUGACUUCAGUCUCCAUAGAGAGGUAAUUCAACUUAAAAUAUAUUUCAUAAAACUUGGCUGGUCUUCAUUAUUUUGUGGCUUCAGUAUCACAUGACUUCUGAAUCCCUGGAAAAACAAAGGGCUAACACAGCAGAUUUAAACCAUUUAAAAUUUGUACCCUCUUCACUUAGGGAAGUGAGAGAGCUUUAUGGCAUUAACUUUGAGUGAAGUUACUGGCUUAAUGCUUAAAUCCAAACAUUGCAAUGGUGCAUUUUAAAAUAAUGUGUAGUUCUUGGUAAAUUGUACAUAAAUUUCUGUAGUUGUUUACAGCUUUUCUUACAUUGUUGCGUUUAAGAGAGAAAUCUGAUUUUAGCCCUUUACUUUCAGUACAUACCACAGAAAAGAGUUUACUUAAUUGUGUUGUUGCCAUGGCAGUUUGAGUAUGGAACAUUUCUGUUCUUAUCUUUAGGACUAAUAGACUACAACUUCCACUGUUUCCGUAAGGCCAUACAUGAAGUAUUUGAAGUGAGAAUGAAAGCGGUGAAAGCUCGGAAGAAUCAAAACCAAAUUCAGAAGACCAAGAGGGCCACUCCUAAUGGCACCCCUAGAAUGCCAGUGUAGCUGAACUGUGUGAACCACUGUUAACUUGUAAAACUUCUUAUUUCUUGUAAUGGUUUCAUCAGGUUCCAUAGCUGGAAGAUGAAAGGGACUGCUGUACUGGAUGGCAUGGAUUUUACCACACUAGCCUCCUGCCAAAACACUGUUUAUCUUAUCCAGUUGUUCAUAUUAAGAAGUAUCUGUAACGGAACUUUUCUGCACUUUUGUCAUGUUUCUUGAUGGAAAUGAACUUUUGAUAAACCCAUUUGUGUUUUAUUUAAAAUGACACUUUUUACUUGUGAACUUGGGUAGGAUAUGUACCGUUAGUUUCUCUAUAUGCUGCAAACAAAUGAGUAAAACAAUCAAGAAAAAAUGGUAAGAUACCUUUUUACAAAUUUGUGGGAGUUUAAUAUUCAUGCCAGUUAUAUAUAUAUAACUUGUAAAUUGAAGUUUUAUUUUGAAAUACAGUAGCAAUAAAAAUAUUUCCUGGGAGUCUUUUAUUGGUACAUCAAAAGUUUUGUAAAAAUAGGCUUUGAGCUAAAUAUCUCCCAAAUGUCUCCAUAAUCCUGGCAAACCCAUUUUGUUCUUAUAAUGAUGAUUACCUCUACAACUUUCUAUAAAGAGACCUAUUUUGUAACAGUU